GACGCAUCGCAAAUGACAACUCGGAACUCGUCGCGAGUGAGUCGCGACGUGAAUCUCAAAAGAAACAUUUAUUUGUCGAAGAAAACAGGAAAAGCGGUGUGCCUUAAAAUGCGAAAUUCCUAGCAUUCUUAAAUGCGUCGAUCCGCCUGAACGACCUUGCGGACGACAGGACCUUACGUGUGUUUAUUAUUGUUGUACCGGAGCGCAAACAGUACAGUGGUUGUGAUUAUUUUAUGAGCUCGCCUCAAUUGGGCGACAGGAGGGAACUGUCAAAUUGUCAAAAUAGCCUGUAAAAAUUGUUAGCCAUGGCAAAUUUUGCAGGUAGUUCAAGUGCUUUUGCAAAACCUCCUACGAUGUUGGAGCAACUCCUUGAAGAAAUCAAUUUUCAAAGAACGAAAGAAAUGCGUCAACUACUCAAAGAUGAUUCGGGAUUUGUAAUGCUGCAAGGAACAACUUAUUGGACGGAUCUGUUUGUGCGGCAUUUCCUGUUCCAAGCAGAACAUACAAUCGAUGGCGAUGAUCUUCUAUUCUUUGUUCGAAAAAAGCAUGUAAAAACUUCUUCAAGAUAUUUGCCAAAGUUUGAAACGGAAGUGAACGUUUUCCGGAAGGAUAGCAAAAAGCUGCCAAUUGGUGAUCCUGAUAUUGAUUGGGAAGAAACAGUUUACCUGAAUCUAGUCGUGCAUCAGUUCGAUUAUACGCUAACACUCGCCACUUGUACGCGAACGAGCCCAAAGGAAUUACAAGUAUUAAGAAGACACUCGCAGAAAGUGUAUGCGAGUCCUAGUCGUCGACGAAUGGACGCGAAAGGCGAACACGAAGAGAUGACGUAUCCACACAUCUGCUUCAUGGUAGAUAACUUUGAUGAAGUUUUCUGUGAUAUACUAGUUAGAGAUGGAGAGAUGGUAUGCGUCGAAUUAGUCGCUUCCGACAGAGAUGGUGCUGUUCAAGGAGUUAUAUUCCUUGGAUCCAUCAGAUACGACGCACUGAAGAAAGUUUAUGACGCCAGGUCGAGCCUGAGCAGCAAAGUAGCACAACGUAUGACCUUCGGUCUUUUCUCAGGCGCAGCUUCUCAGAGAGUCGAAUUUGUGCGGAUGAAAGGACCACAAGGAAAAGGUCACGCAGAAAUGGCAGUGACGAAACCUAAAGGAUCAGGUGCAGAGACGCCAACAUCAGAACCUGGAUAUUGUGCAACUGAUCUUUGGGACGCUGACUGGGAAGAUGCAGAGGAUUUGUUCAUGUACCGCCAUCAACGCAGGCUUUCAGAUCCGAGUGCAAAUUUGAAUAAUUACGUUAGAGGAGGCUGGAGGACGAAAUCGGAAACUGCAGCAACGAAGGCAAGAUCUGAAAACGAAGGGCUGGAUUCAAUGGCGAAUGGACUCAACGAAAUUGAAGCUGGGGACGUCCGCGAUGCUGAUGAACAGAAUAGCAGUUGGGGCGGCCGGGGCUCAUCUGGAAAACGCAGGAGUCCAAAUGCCCGACGAAGAAGAUCGCCGCUGCUUUCAGCCCGGCAUUCUGGUCGGAAACAAAGGAACUCAAGGGAUCGAUCCGGGAAGGAGAACCAGAGCUCACCGAAUCACAAGAAGGCCUACCGCGACACUCGCGGCACCCUUCAUCAUCAAACAAUCGAGGUUGGGAGCGAGCUUCUUCUUCCAUCCGGGGCUUCUCUGACUGACGAUAAUGUGAGGCAGAAGCUCAACGCCGGGGCAAUUCUCGUAGAUGGCAAGGAGGAAUUACCCCUGGACUACGAACCCAACGAUGACCUCAGGAACCAAGGAAUAGAAAGAAUCGUUUCCGAGGAUGAAGAGGAGGACCACCUUUCUCCACCAACACGUGAUGGGAGGACCAAUUAUGAUCUUCGAGGCUAUGGAAGCGACUGUGAAGAUGCUUCUAGAAAAAAUCGAAACAAGACUGACGACGAGUUCAGCGGUGGCAGAGACAAAAAUGCAAAUUCGAAAUUGAUGCGAUCACAGAGUUGCACUCACAGGCAGAGUGCCACCCUCCCAAGGCCACGAAGACGACGAGCCUUCUCCGGAAGCUUCUCCGAGAAUCCUCUUCCUCCCCAUCGUGUCACGACUGAUGGAACAGCGAUCUACUAUUGGUGCGAGCUCCCGCGCCGCCCCGGCUCACAGGAAUUGGACGAUGGGGCAUACAAUCCUCUGUGGACAAUGCGAGGUUUCACGCAAACUUUUCACUUUUGGAAGGAGACAAAACGAGCCCAGUCCGUCCCUUUGAAUGCAUUCCUUACUUAUAUCACUCUUCCCUGGUGGAGUAUAGCUAAAGAUAUCCUUGACCAUCGAGAUGGACCUAUUCUGACGUUUUAGCGUGCUACGUGAUGGAAUCACUUUUCUUUUUUUUUUACUUUGUACAAUCGCUCUCAGAACUGCGAAGUGCUGAUAUACAAACAAAUAAAUUAUGUACUAUUUACACAUUUA